AUGAAUGGCUCCAUGAGCUCAUUGACAGCGACCAUCACGUCGGCCUUGGCGCUCAAGGCGUUCACGUUCUGCGAGCUGCGCGAGAAGCUCCUCGCACUCAUCGACGACGAGAUGGCCACGUACCUCACCAGCCCGGACAUGGACAACAUCGAGAGCAGCUUCAACACCAGGUCCAACGUCAGCUUGAGUGCCAGCGCUAGCUCCAGUUCCACACUUCGUGACGGAGCGACGCGCGGGGCUGCAACGCGGUGGCUUCCAAACUCGAGGAACGUCUCGAUGUGGGUCAUCAUGCUGAAGCAAAUGGCGAUGAGUUGGCGCUGGCGAACGACUUCGACGACCUCCAGAGCAUGCUGCAAGAAGCGGUUGAGCGCCAGAGAUCGCGCCUCAAUCACGCGCUUGGAGCGCGAAGCGGUCGGACGUCGGCGUCUGGCGAUGCCUUCCGCGGUGCGAGUUAGGACGUCGGCUGCUGCUUCGCUGACUCCGGGAUUCCACCACUACCCGUUGGUACCAACUCCAGCCUUCGCGAUGACGGUGACGGACCACAAGUAUCAGUCCUGCACCAGCAGAUAUCACCUCAGCUCCAGCAGCGAGGAGGACGCAGGCGGCAGUGACGACGAGACUCAGCGCUUCAACAACUUCGACUUCACGCGGCGAUUCUACCGCGAGUUCGGCCGCCAGGAAGAGCGCGCGGAGAUUUACGCGGACGACUCGGACGACGACGAGGAGAUGCAGAUGCUCAAGAAGACAUGGAGCGCUAUGCUCGAAAGCGAAACACACGAGCGCAAACUGUACCACAGCGGCAGUCACUUCGCCAUGCUGGAAAGCGCACGGCACUCACCGACUGAGACGUGGGCGAGACGCAUCGAGAUCGCAGGCAUCCACAACGCAGUCAAAUCUAAUGCAACCUUGAGCGCCACCUGCCCAGUUAGCACACAGAAGGCGCCCGAGCCAGCGACUCACAGAGCAGAGCAGCUCCUAAGUCGCCACCGAUCACACCAGCAACUUCCAGUCCAGCACUUCCCGACCUGCGCUUGA